AUUCAAAGAGGUUAUAAUUAUAGGAGAAAAAAAAUGAUAAGUAAUUUACCAACAAUAUAUGUUGAUCCAUUUGGUCAUGGAAAUUAUUCAACUGUUCAAUCAGCAAUUGAUUCUGUUCCUCAAUAUAACGAAAAUUGGAUAUGUAUUUACAUCAAAGCUGGAACAUAUAGGGAACAAGUAAAAAUCCCUAGAGAGAAGCCAUAUAUCUAUCUCAAAGGAGAAGGAAAAAGAAAAACAAAUGUGACAUGGAAUGGUCAUGACAAUAUUGCUAUUGAUGCUACAUUCAUCUCUGAAGCUGAUUAUACAAUUGUUAAGAGCAUAACAUUUAUAAAUUCUUAUAACAUUCCUCCAAAAGGAAAUGUUUUGAUGCAAGCAGUGGCAGCAAUGAUUUCUGGAGAUAAAUCAACAUUUUAUAGAUGUGGAUUUAUUGGAGUACAAGAUACAUUAUGGGACGUACAAGGAAGACACUAUUUCAAGCUUUGCACUAUUGUUGGAGCUGUUGAUUUCAUCUUUGGUGAUGGCCAAUCUAUUUAUGAGAGAUGUAUUAUAUCAGUAAAUGCAGGAGUAUUAAAUGGAAUAAUAGGAUCAAUUACAGCACAAGGAAGAACAAGUUUAAAUGAUCAAAGUGGAUUUGUUUUCAAAGAUAGUGCAAUUUUUGGAAAUGGACUUACUCUUUUAGGAAGGCCAUGGAGGGCAUAUGCUAGGGUACUUUUCUAUAAUUGUUCCAUGUCAAAUAUUGUUGUUCCACAAGGUUGGUCUGCUUGGAAUUUCAUUGGACAUGAGAAUCACUUGACAUUUUGUGAAGUAAAUUGCAAUGGAAUUGGAUCAAACACAAGACAAAGAGUGCCAUGGAAAGCCAAGUUGAGUCAACAUGAGUUACAAAAAUUAACAAGCCUUUCAUUCAUUGAUGGUGAGGAUUGGAUUAUGAGUCAACCCCUCAAAGUACUAUAG